AGUUCAAUAUUUUAUUAUUUACAUUAAACCANAUUACAUAUGUUACCCACAGCUCAUUUUGGAUUCAAAGAUCAUGAGUAAAGAUAUAGAAUGAGAUAUUUGGAUUUAAUUAUGAACAAGAAAGUCAGAGACAUAUUCCUUACAAGAUCAUCAGUGAUCAAACAAUUAAGAGAAUAUUUUGAUGGUAAAGGAUUUAUUGAGGUUGAAACUCCCUCUUUAAAUGUUAUACAAGGAGGAGCCACUGCUAAACCAUUUAAGACAUUCCAUAAUUCUUUACAUAGAGAUUUAUUCAUGAGGGUUGCUCCAGAGUUAUAUCUUAAGAUGUUAAUAGUAGGCGGAUUAGACAGAGUCUAUGAAAUUGGUAAAAACUUUAGAAAUGAGGGAAUUGAUUAAACUCAUAAUCCUGAAUUCACUGCUAUGGAAUUCUAUUGGGCUUAUUGUGAUUAUAAUGAUCUCAUGACUGUCACUGAAGAAGUCUUGUCAUAAAUUGUGUUAAAGUUGAAAGGAAGUUAUAAAUUCAAAAUUCAUAAGGGUGACAAUCCUACUAUCACACUGACUGAACAUGACAUCAAAUCUGGUCAUUUUAAAGAAAAUGAAGAAGAUUUCAUUGAACUUGACUUCACACCACCUUGGCCAAGAGUUUCAAUGAUGUCAGAAUUGGAAAAGAAAUUAGGAGAAAAAUUACCCGAAGUUUUGGAAAGUGAAGAAGCUAAUGCCUUUUUUAAUGAAUAAGCUAAGAAACAUAAGGUUGAAUGCUCUAAUCCAAGAACUACUGCUAGAUUAAUUGAUAAAUUAGUCGGUCAUUUCUUAGAAGUCAAUUUCAAGAAUCCCACAUUCUUAAUUGAUCAUCCUUAGUUAAUGAGUCCAUUGAGUAAGGUUCAUAGACAAUAUCCAGGCUUAACUGAAAGGUAUUACUUAAAACAAAUAUAGAUUUGAACUCUUUGUUAAUUAUCAUGAAUUGUGCAAUGCUUAUACAGAAUUGAAUGACCCAUUUGUAUAAAAAGCAUUAUUCCAAAAGUAAGUAGAAGAUGCUGCCAAAGGUGAUGAUGAAGCAAUGGGAUAUGAUGAAGGGUUCAUUAAAUCUUUAGAACACGCUUUACCACCGUAAUGAUUAUCAAAUAUUUAAUUUUAGAACUGCAGGAUGGGGUCUUGGUAUCGAUAGAUUUGUGAUGUUGUUAACUGAUACACAAAAUAUCUAAGAAGUUCUUCUGUUCCCAGCAAUGAAACCUGAAAUGACUAUAGAGGAGAUGUAGAAAAUCUAAAAAGAGAAGGAGGAAUAAAAAUAAAAAUAAUAACAACAAUAAUAAUAACAAUAAUAGUAACAACAAUGAGGCAUAUUAAAUAAAUAAAAAAAAACAUAUAAAGAGUUC